AUGGCAGAAAUUAAAUUCACUCGUCCUAUUCGUGAAGCUCUCGACUCACUUAUAGAAAAUUCCAAAGUGAAAAAACCUACUAAAAGAAUACCGAACGCAUUUAUACUCUUUCGAAAAGUAUAUACUCUAGAGUUAAGUUUGCGAAACUGCCACAUGAAAGCAAACGAGAUCUCAAAGCUUUGUGCUGUAUAUUGGAAAAAUCUUCCCGACGUAACUAAACAUGAAUUUGAACAAAUUUCGAAAGAGCUUAGGAAUAAUGCUCAGAAUAAAACACCAAAAAAAUUGGAGACUUCUAAAUAUAAGUUUAAAUUCGAAACUCCAAAUUCACUCUAUCGAAAAACAAUAAUGAGAAAACCUUCGAAUUCCAGGUCUAGUCACAAGAAUUCAAACCACAACAACCACCUUAAGAACACGGUCAUCAGUAACGACAAAUCCAAAGAAACUUAUAUCACGGACAAAGAUGGUCCGGCGAGCGAAAUUAUGAAAAAUUUUUCAGCUAAUAGUUCAGAGAUAAUCGCAGAAAUUAUUCCAAGCACUCCUUUUUUGCAAAACCUGACAACAAUCACACCUUUUCACGACAUCCUUAACGAAGAAAGCCAAUCUUUCUUUCAUAUGUUCGAAUAUAAUAUGGGUCCACACCACGAUUGCUACUAUAAUGAAGAUCAGCUAUUGGAAAUCUCAUGGCAGCCAAACUUAACGACUUCAAUCCUACCUUUUGAUGACGAAAGCCAAGUCAUACCUCACGUGUUUGGAAAUUAUAUGGAUCUAGAUCAAUCAGACAAUGAUAGCUAUUAUCAUUAUGAUCAAGCAUCCCCUACAAAAGGUAUUAACGUUAAAAUUAUUCCGUAUGCAAGCGAGAAAAACGGGUACAAUCAAUCUACCCAUUUAGAGAGUUCACAUUAA